AUGGAAGCAGAGUAAAAUCACUAAAAUGUUCCAGAGGGCUACAAGGUCUUGAAAGAGGGUUAAGCAAGUAUUCUCUACAAGGAGGAGAAACUCUAAGCUGACUUAGAAGGUAAAAUUAGAACAGGCAAGGGAAAGAGAAAUUGCACUGAUUAAAAUGACACUAGAGGUACAGUAUUUUACAACCCAGUUCAGGAAUUCAACAGGGACUUCAGUAUUCUUUCGAUUAGAGAAUUUGCGAAAAUAAGGCAGGAAGAGAAGUAAAAGAAAAAUAAAGAUCAUGAUGGCAUUUCUAUCCUGGAAGCAUUAGCAGCUACAGGGUUGAGAUCUGUUAGAUAUAUGAAGGAAAUUUCACCAAUCACAAAGCUAUUAGCCAAUGAUAUAGACUCUACUGCAACCGAGCUAAUGAAAAAGAAUUUUGAUUUCAACAAUAUAGAUCCCAAUCUAUAUCAAAUUUGCACACAGGAUGCCAUUGAUGUUAUGAAUCUUCAAAGAAUGAAUAAAACAUUCUUUGAUGUAGUAGAUCUUGAUCCAUACGGUACUGCAGUUCCAUUUCUAGAAUCAUGUCUAAACAGUUUAGCUGACGGAGGUCUCAUUGCAGUUACCUUCACAGAUAUGGCGGUAUUAUGCUCAAGAACUCCUCAUGUUACCUUCUAUAAAUAUGGAGGUUCCCCACUAAACAAGAGAUACUGCCAUGAAAUGGUAUCAUUAAGUGUAUUAAUUUUUCAUUAGGCUUUAAGAUUGGUGUUACACAUGAUAAGUCAAAUGGCAAACAGAUAAUAGAAAUAUAUUGAGCCUCUUGUUUCAUUGACAGUAGAUUUUUAUGUGAGACUCUUCAUUAGAGUUCAUGAUGGUCCACAAAAGUGUCAUUCAUCAAUUACCAAGUAUAGUCAUGUGUUUUAAUGUAUGGAAUGUGAGAGCUUUUGGACUUUACCUUUUGGUACUCACACAGAACAGGAAAUUACCAAGGAGCCUUCUCAUAAAUGGUAAAAGCCCGAAAACAUAAACUAAGAGGAUGCAAUAAAGACUAGACAAGCUACUAAGAAGUAAUCUAACUAGAAUCAAUAAGAGGAGGAAAAAGAGAGUGAAAAGAAGCUGAAGGAUAAAUAUUAGGUAUCAAGAAUUAGCUCAAUCCCAAAUAGAUGCACAGUUUGUGAAGGCCCAUUAGCAAUGGGAGGUCCAAUUUGGAAUGGAAAAAUUCACAAUAUAGAGUUCGUUUAAAGACUAUUAGAAGUUGCUCGCAAUAACUCUGACAAAACUCACGCAGAUUAUUAGAAAGAAGUUAAACUAGGUACCACAAAGAGAAUAUAGGCGAUAUUAGCAGCUAUUAUAGAUGAGGACUAGUGCGGAGAAUCUCCAUUGAACUGGGACUUCUCUUAAAUUUCCAGCUCAUUAAAGAUGCAAAAUCCCAAGAAAAAUGAACUCUUCAAUGCAUUUAGAAGCGUGGGGAGUAAGUUAACUCAAACUUACUACGAUCCAAGACAAUACAAAACUGAUGCUUCUCCAGAAGUUAUCUAUGACAUAUACAGAGCAUUUAAAAUGAAAGAAUGCAAUGGGGAUCAAGAUAAAAUAUUUAGGAAUAUCAAUUAGCUAGGCUUUGCUCAUAGAAUUUUAUCAUAAUAAGCAAAAAUUAUUCCCAAUCUAAAUGGCGAUCCUAUUGAUGGAGUUGAAAAGGAAACUAAAAAAAACAAAAAGAAGAAGUAUUUGCCAAAUCCUCAGCCCCAUUGGGGUCCAGCUGCAAGAGCGACUGGAAAUAAGAAAUGA